AUCUACAAACACUCAAAAACACUCAGGGUCUAGAAAACCUUUUCUACCUCCUCAUAUCAUCAUCGACAUUACAUGAUGGCUUAUGGAUCAUGCAGAAUGGUCGCAACUAUUCUCAUCAUCGCUAUUUUCUUUCAUGAGCCAUGUAUUGCUGAAACACCACCAAACUAUACGUUCAUGCAUGAAGCAAUAAAUGCUCCGAAGAUAUCGUUCUACGACUACAUAGUCGUUGGUGGAGGUCUCACAGGAAUCCCGUUAGCCACCACACUCUCACAAAACUAUUCAGUGUUAUUGCUGGAACGUGGUGGCUCCCCUUAUGGCAAUCCCGACAUCACCAAUUCAGCCAAUUUUGGCAACUAUUUCUUGGACCCAUCACCAGAUUCCCCAGCAGAACUAUUUAUGUCCGAGGAUGGUGUUGGAAAUGCACGUCCGCGUGUUUUGGGUGGUGGUACUUCAAUCAACGCGGGCUUGUACACUCGUGAUGACAAGAAGUUCUUCAAAGAGGCAAGAUUAACGGAUGAAAAAUUGGUGAACAGUUCCUACGAAUUUCUGGAAAAAGUUAUGGUUUUUGAGCCAGUUGUAACGGAGUGGCAGUCGGCAUGGAAAGGUGCAUUUAUGGAAGCUGGAGUCACGCCAUACAAUGGAUUUACUUACGAUUAUCUCAUUGGGACUAAAGUAGGUGGUACAACGUUUGAUGAAAAUGGGAAACGACAUACAGCAGCCGAUCUGCUGCAGUAUGCAAACCCUUUAGCAUUGUCUGUUUAUCUGCGUGCAACUGUCAGGAAGGUCUUAUUUAUGACCAAAGGAAGAACAAGGCCGAUGGCUUAUGGGGUAGUGUUUGAAGAUGCAUCGGGGAAUAAGCAUAGGGCAUACUUGAAAGAAGGGAAAGGUGAAAUCAUAUUAUCAGCAGGACCUCUUGGAAGCCCACAACUUUUGAUGUUGAGUGGUGUAGGUCCAAAAGAUCAACUUGAUGCACACCAAAUUGAACUUGUCCUAAACCAACCCUUAGUUGGUCAAGGCAUGGCAGAUAACCCGCUAAAUGCGAUAUUCAUCCCUUCUCCCAUUCCUGUCGAGCAAUCUAUAGUUCAAGUUAUCGGUACGCAGGUUGGCAGCCAAAUAGAGCAAGUUAGUAGCAUUAAUUUGGUCCUUGGAAGCCCUUCUGACUAUCAAGGAUUUUCCUAUGAGAUGGGUGGAUUUGUAUUUUCUAAACUCGAUGGCCCUUUUUCUACGGGUGAGCUAAAGCUUCAAAGCGGUAAUCCAACCGACAUUCCAUCAGUAAAAUUCAACUAUUUUAAAGAUCCCAGAGACUUGAAAAAAUGUGUGAAUGGCAUCAGCACCAUCCUAACAGCAAUCGAGUCACGAGCUUUCUCAAAAUUCAAAUACGCGAACAUGACUGCCCAAGAUAUUCUUGAGCUCACUGUUAAGCUACCAACAUACUUACCCAUACAUGCUAAUACAAGUUUGUCCUUGGAACAAUUCUGCAAGGACACUGUAAGGAGUGUGUGGCAAUUUCAUGGUGGCUGUCAAAUUGGCAAAGUAGUUGAUGACGACUACAAGGUUAUAGGUGCGGAUACUCUCCGAGUCAUUGAUGGGUCUACACUACUUAACGCUCCGGCUAAUCUAUUAAUGCUUGGAAGGUACAUGGGACUUACUAUACUAGCCCAAAGACUUGAAAGUGACAAAUCAGAAUCAGGACUGUGGUUCACAUCUUGAUAUUUUCGACACCAUCGAUGUUGAUUUAGAUGUAGUUUUGCCUGAAAUGUUUUACAUGGAAGAUGUAGUUUGUGGUCCAUGAUUAUUAUGUUGCUAUCAAUUGAAUAAAUGUGUAUGUAUGAA